CAACAGCCGUAUAUUUUAUGAACUUAAUUUUCAAAGAGAGACGUAAACUGUCGAAGGAAGUGGAGCCUUUGUAGUAUGUCGAAUCGUGUCUAAAAAUUUGAUAGCGUUUACAUUCAUUGACCUGGUUGCAGUUCGUUAGAAAUAACGUUUGCGUUAGACAGCGCAUCGAUCGCGAGCAAUUGAAAAUAAUGAAAUUUAUCGCGCAGCCGUGUUAAACGUCAUGACGAUUAAAUAAAUUAAUGCGUCGAGUUUCCCUUCGAAAUGACCAACGAAUCCAAACGACCAUUUGAACGGGAUAGAACGUCGAGUUAAAAAUUCGCAACAGGACAGAUUCUUACGUAACGCAUCAACUUUUUUUUAUUCUCGACACCAAUUACUUCAUGCAUGAUAAUUAUUUGUACACUGACAGACGUAAUUAGUGAUCCAUAAGAGUGAUUAGUGGUCCACAGUUAAAUUCCAUAGGAAAAUAACGUGACCAGACGUUUUUUCACGCGGUUCCCGCGUGGAGGAUGGCUCCGCGUCCUCGCCGGCGCGGAUCGCGAGACGCUAAGCGCCGAAGUUCUUUUCUGACAAGCGUGACACUCGUUAGCGAGUUAACUUAACCGUAUUAAACGGUGUGCAUCCGCGUGCAUGUAAACGGCGGAGUCGAACACGCUCACCGGGUCGGAUCAAUAACUUCAGGAAUGGGUACUUGCCGGAGUCGUGCAGACACCCUGUGUAUGACCCGUUUCUCGGUCUCCGCCGCAGAAUGGGAACGGAACACUUUGACGUACCAGCGACCUAAACCCUAAAAGCCUUUCCUAGAGAUCCCCUCCCGAGCGUUGAGCUCCCGGCCUAAGGAGCUCAAGCAGUUUGAUUUCUGCCAAUUCCUUCAACCAAGAUAUGAAUGCACGUCUUAAAAAUAAGCUAUAUAUAAAAGUAAUCUUCAUUUUGGAGUAAUAAAUAAAAAAUUAAUCCUUGUUUUUGGGUAAAAAAUAAAAAAAAGCUACCAGCCUUUCCUAAAGAUCCCAUCCUGAGCAUUAAACUCGAUCAAUUUGAUUUUUGCCAAUUCAAAUCAGAUGGGAAAUUAAGUCUCAAGAUUAAAAAAAGUUAAAUAUAAAAUUGAUCUUUUUGGGUAAAAAAUUUCUGUGCCUAAAUAAACUGUGAAAAUAAAUGGAACAUAAAGUUCUACCCUAAUGUUGUUGAUUCCGAAAGAAACGACCUGUAAACUAUCGCAAUUAAAUGUUCUACUUCGUAGCUAUUUUCGAUCAUCAGAUAACUCGUUCACGUGUUCACUGAAAUGUGGUUCACACGAAAUUCACGCUAGAGUCUGAAAAAUUGAUAAUACGAACGAUUGGUAAAAUAAAGAAGGGUGUAAAGGAGACGUGGCCUUGUUACUGGUCAGUUUCGUGAACGAAGGGUGGUAGAUGGCCGAUAAUAAGUACGUCUGGAGGUUAUCAGAAGGUUAGACAUUAUAUUAUUUAAUCAUGAGAGACCAGGCCUGAUAUGUUUUAAUUAACAUUCGUCCAGAUUUUAUUCGUUAUCGUUAAGUAACUUUCAUACAUUCGGAAAUGUGAUUAGUAGGAGUGCGUUACACGCUUCAUUUAUUAGCCUUUUACACGAAGCCGACGUUGUUUCGUGGUAUCUAGUAGUACUAAACCGCCAAGGUCAGACGAUUCUACCAUUAUAGGUAGAAAUAUGAUCCUACCGUGGUUCUACAAUUGGAGCGAUUAAAGUUCAACUUCUGCAAUUUCUGCAACUAUUUUAUAUUACAAAAAGCCUUCAUUAUAGACGACUCUUCAGGGAGGGAAUGGACACCUACAUAAAAAUGUACCUAAACCGGAAGUUGCAUGUUCCAAUCACGAAAUGUCAAAAUUAAUAAGUGAAUAUGUUUAAUGUCAAUACGUCAGUGAAAUAAAAAUUAACGUUUCUAAUAAUUUUUUAGAAAUAAAAAUGUCUAUAUUGAUAAAAUAACGUUAUAUUAUUUUUUAUAAAUAUUUAUUCUGCGAUUUUUUAAUAUUGAUUGAAUUCUGACGUCAAAUAGCAAUACAUUUGUACUUUGGCUUUAUCCCUGUUUCCGGUUUAGAACAGAAAUCAUCACUGAACUGCCCAAUCACUCCCUAGAGAGUAAUAACCGAUAACAACCAAGUACAAAACAUUUAUUUACUGAAUAAAUUCAGAAAUUCGUUUGAAUGACUGCACAUAAAAGAAUGUUUCUCACGAACAGGAUAAUAAAACGAAAUUGUAGAUGAUUUGCCCUUUUAUCACGUUCAUAUCCACUAGUUCACAGGUAAUCAUAGCGGCACUAACAAAAUACAUGGAAAGAAAGUUGACGCCGACGCCGGUAUACUAUAAUCACAUUACUUAGCAAGUAGCGAGUACUUAUAGGCACGUAUACAGCCGGCGGUAAUUUCCUAAUUGAAGGGUAUAACAGUAGCACGCACCGUAAGCAAACGUCGAGACAGGUAGAAGCAACAACCGUGCAAAUCGCACCUCUAAUUUUCGCUGAAUUGUUCACGGAAUCAGUAGUUCGGAUUUUCAACGACUCUGUCAUUGAGUAUGUCAGCUGUCGCGCACACCGUGUGAAUGAAUCUUUUCUCUGUAGGAAAUUAACUGUUCUUCCUAAUUGUAGUUGGAGACGAGAAAGUUUUCUUGCAAAAUUAGAACAAUUAUUAUUUUCAUUGAACAAGCUUCCCGGAGCAUCGUUUGCGUACUGAUAUGAUGAUUCACGCAUCAAGACUAGUGUCUUUCAUUGAAUAUAAUUAAUUAGGCACAACGUAGACUGGUUGGAAGCAUCAGCACUUACGACUCUCUCUCUCUCUCUCUCUGUCUUUCUCUCUCUGUCUUUGACGCAAUGACUCGACCGUUGAUUCGCAACAGGUUUAUAAGGACAGAUAUCUUCUCAGAGGUGACGAGAUAGCCCAGUCGACCUAAAUUCUAAGCUCGUAUGAAAGAUUUGAAAAUGGAUUCGCAAGAGACUGCAAGAAACGCGGCCGAGUCCCCGUCGGACCGCGAACCAACUGCGGUAAAACCGAGCCCGCCGUUGUCAUCUGCCUUUCGGGCGAGACCGCAAGGUCCACCUGGAGUGCCGAGGCAGCCUAUAGAUAAUGGUCCCGUAGGACAGCCUCGACCGAGACCGAUCCAGCAAAUACGUUUCGAGAAUCGACCCGUUGGCCCAGUGAAUCCGGGUCAAUUCGCGAGACCUCCGUACGGAAAUCCAAGACCCGGCUCGUUUCCCCCGAGACCGCAGCCAGAUCAAAAUCAGAAUCAACCGACGGUUUUGAACCCACGUUAUCCUUCGUCGCCUGUUCCGCGCCCUGGCCCGCAGCUAGGACCCAGGCCACCGCCUCCUGGGAAUUACCCGCCGCAGAAGCCGGAAGGGAACGUGCAACGAGCAGCGCAGCAGCCGAGGACAGAGCAUCAGGGCUUACCUCAACAGGGACGGAAUCCUGAGAUUCAAAGGCAGUUGCGACGCGAUGAGUCGCUGUUGAAUCUACAAACUCGACAAGGUCCACCGUAUCGAGGGGAAGACAACAAACCCGUAGUUCCACGCAUAGUAAUCGGCAGAAUGACCGACGUCGACAAUUCGAGGAAGCUCGAGCAAUUCGAGAACGCGGCGUCGAGGGAAAAAAUGCGCGAGAACACGGAGAACGACGACGACGACGACGACGUCGUAAUGGACGGGAAGUCUCCGCGCGCUAACGGGAACGCUACCAAUCAGGACGAGCUGAUCGAGACUAAAUUGUCGAAGAAGGAAGUCGUUCAGCCGGUGAAAAGACCGGAAACUGCUACGAUAAAUGGUAAGAUUGACGGCAAGCCUGACGCGGCUUUGGAGAAAGUCCCUGAUAUAAUUGACGACAAGAAAUCUGUCAAAGACUUCAACGCGGUGGAAAGCGAUAAUAGAUUGUCGUCGAUGAACAAGCAGGAAGCAAACGACGCUCGCAAUCAGAUGGAAGAGAAAAAGUUGGUGGAAGAUCAAAUCGUGAACGAGAAAGGAAGCGCGAAGAGCCCCGCGAGACAAAACGAAAUUAAUUCGCCUUCUGUUAAGAAGCCUGAACUACCGCCUAUGCACCUGACGACAAAAUUAAAUGACAAUGCUCCACCGAGUCAGACACCUCCUAAAUCUCCUCUGACAAAUAAAUCUCGCGUUGGCACGCCAGACGCGGCAGAUCAAAAGCAACAGGAAUUAAAGACACCGAAAUCAGCGGAUAGAUCACGUGCGAACACACCGAUAGAGACGAAUAGAAAUGACCUGGCGCACGAAUUGAAAACUUUAUCCAAGUCGCCGCAGCAGUCGCAAGAAAAUUCAUCAGACAAUAGUGGAAACGAACUGAAGACUAUAUCUCCAAAUAAGUCGCGUGCUAGUACGCCCGGUGAAACGAAUUCGGAGCAACACGAAACGAAACCGAGACAAGAAAAACAGGAGUUAAAGAUGCCUGUGACACAGAACAAACCAGACACGAAUUUGUCGAAAGAAAUAAAGGAGGGUAAAAAUGAACAGGAAUUAAAGUUGCUGUCUAAAGAGUUGGAAAAGCCACGUGCAACGACUCCAGUAGAAGUGAAUCAAAAUAAAGUGGAGUCGCCUAAACCUCCUGAAGAAUCGAUUAAAUCGUCGGCUAAAGAUAAUCAAUCUAAUGAGAAAGAAUCGAAACAGGUGAAAUCACCGAACUUAACAGAACCUGAUAUUCUGCCUUCUAAAGAUCCUUCAGAAUCGAAGAUGAACUUAUCUAAGAAGGAAGAAAGCAAGGCGCAGGAAUCACGUCCGUUAGAUCAGAUGAAAGUUCCCGAGACGUUAUUAUUGCCUCCGAAGUCGCCAGAAGGCGUAAAAGGCUUCGACGAUGGACAGCAAAAAUCAUUGUCGCUUAAAUCUUCGCCAUCGCGAAGUCCACGCUCGCCUGCGUCCCCCAAAUCACCCAAAUCACCGAUUGCUAAUGAUAAAUUGGAGAAGAAUGAAUCCAAGAAAACUACGCUCGUUGACGAGUCGAACAAGCAGAAAAAAGUUGAUAAUAAAUCGGAGUCGAAGACUGCGUCAAAAUCAGCUGUAACGAAACGGGGAACGCCAAUGAAAUCAAAGGAAAGAUCGGAUAAGAAAUCAGCGAAGACAUCAGAAAUCGAGAAUGGCAGUGUGACAAACGAAUCGAUGCAGUCCAACGCGGGACCAACUACGAAUGGGGAUGCAGAUUCCCCGAUGAAGAAGUCACCCUCGAAGUUAACAGAAGCCGAUAAAAGGUCGACAGCUGGAUCGCCUGUGAAAUCGCCAAGUAAAUCCGUCAAAUCGUUACCGCGAACACCAGACACCCCUUCGUCGACAGGUGGCCUGGAGAAGAAAAAACUACCUAUGAACAAAAUUCAAGUGGGAGCGGCGCCGUCCCCGAAUUUGAAAACAGUUAGAUCGAAGAUCGGUUCAUUGGACAAUGCGAGUUACAAGCCGGGCGGUGGGAAAGUGAAGAUAGAGAAUAGAAAACUCGAUUUCAGCAAAGCACAGCCAAAGAUCGCUGCGAAGAACGAGAAAUACGCCCCGAGCGGUGGUGACAAAAAGAUCGCUCAAGUUAAGCUUCAGUGGAAUGCAAAACCGAAAGUCGGAUCACUAGACAACGCGACGUAUAAGCCUGGCGGUGGUGAUAAAAAGAUAGAAACGGUGAAGCUUGACUUCAAAGAUAAGGCAAAACCAAAAGUCGGUUCUAAGGACAACGCUAAACACAUUCCUGGCGGUGGGGCCAUCAAAUCAUCGGCGACGCCACCUAAGACGCCACAGGACACGAACAACGGCAUUCAGACGCAGAAAGUUGAUAUAAAAGCUGAGAGCAAAAUCGGUUCCUUGGACAACGUGAAGCAUAAGCCGGGUGGUGGUGAUAAAAAGAUUUUCAACGACACGAGUUAUCUUCGACAAACCGGCUCGAAUGUACAAAGUGUCAGCGGCAGCGGAUCACAGAUCGAAGGAAGCGAAGAGAUGAAUUCUUCCAUCGAGCAAACAAAAAAUCCGCCGCACCCACCGCCGAGCACUCCGACGAAAGUGAAAAAGCUUCCAUCACCGUCGUCUGUGGUAACUCCCAAAGCUGUGAGGAGUAGUUUGGCUAAAUCUCCUGAUUCAACGGGAUCGAAAAAAAUGUUUUCCCUCGAGACCACAGGAAUGGAAAGCGAAGAUCAGAAACUUUUGACUUCAGAAGACAAGAAUGUACCAAAGGGCAAACCGCCGAAGUCUCCGGUUGGUAGAAGCCCACAACCAUCUCCUAACAGUUUACAAUUAAAAAACCCGGAAACUAGGACACCGAGGUCACCCAUUACCCCGCGUACCCCCGACAGUAUCGAACUGAAAGCUGCGGAAAACAAAACCCAACGUUCUCCAGAGAACCGUCAGAUGAGAAGUCCAGAAAAUAAAACACCGAAGUCGCCGGUUACUCCGCGUACUCCUAAUAAUUCCGAGCCGAAAGUUGCAGAAGACAAAACAGCAAAAUCACCUACUUCGUCACGUUCUUCCAACAGCCCUCAAUCGAGGAGUCCCGAGGAUAGAGUAACGAAGUCGCCUGUCACCCCGCGAUCCCCUAACAGUCUUCGAUUAAAAACUCCGGAAAAAUCUACUCCGCCUGGGUCCGGAAAAGCGUCGCCAAAAGAGUGGCGGCUACCGAAAUUGGCACCCUCUCCUACCCCAUUAGAACCUACCACAGUCUCUGAAGUCAAUGCUAAAAUUAAUUUGCCAAAAUUGAUCGAACGCUGAAUCAAUUCCUCGUGAAAUCCUCUGAAUACGUUGCGAACUUCCCUUCAAAUAUAUUGAACUGAUUGUUUGUGAAACAAUCAAUAGAAUUUCCGUGCAUUUUGUAACUAACGAUUUUAUAUUAUGAAACGAGAUAACUUAAACACGCAUUAAACGAGACGAAAGGAAAGGCUUGAACUCUUGCAAGUCUUUUGCUUUCGAAGAAAAAUGAACAUGAACGUCGUGCAUCUUUCCUUGGAAAGAUAACGUAUUGAAUAAGGUUCAGCAAACACAUUUUCUAUGUUGUUAAUAAGAGAUGAUGGAACUAUCAUGAAUUUUCAGAUACCCUAAUCAAAAGUAGAGAUUAUACAAAAAUUCCAAAAA